UGCCGCUGCGUUUCUAGAGUCCUGUCAGCCGAAACGCUGCUUGUAAAACACAGUAAGGGAAAAACUGCUGUUCGGAACAUAAAUCCACGCUAAGAAUUUUCAACACCUGUUUCUUGCAGCUCUCUAGACGUGCCGGUCCUGACGAAGGGCGGUUUGGGAACGGCACAGUCAUGGGCGAAGUUCGGGGGUUGUGGUACCGCCACCUUCCAGGGAGACCCGCGACAUCCCCCAUGGUGGCAAAGAGCAGUUUGACCCAGGAGGGAUGUGUCUUCACGCAGCAACCCAGCCCCCAGUUAGAAUAAAACGGGGAAAUCCACAACGGGGUGGCUUUGCAAUUUGUCGUGAUUAAGGCCCCGUAGGUUAAUCCACGCUUUUGUUGGGGUGGUCUGUCCCUGCGGAGCAAUUUGCAGAAUCCAGACCACAACAAACUAAACCACGGAACUUCUCUGCCGGGGGAAGGGACCGUUCCCCGCACAAACUCCGGCUCUAGCAACGUUACCGAGAAGCCAUGCAAGCAGCCUCUCGGCGUUCGUCGCUGUCACCGGCACUCCCAGGCCCCGGAGCCGGGCGGGGGCAUGAGACCCCCCCGCUCUCCAGCCCACCGCCGCCCGGGGAAGCGGCUCCGCAGGCGCGGCCCCUGCCCCGCAGCCCGGCUCCGGACGAGCCUCCCGCCAGCGCGGGCUGGGCUCUGUCCCGGCGGCAGCCGCCGCCCCCCGGUGCCGCCCCCCGGGCUCCCCGCCGCGACCCCCCCGCCCGGCUCCGCGGGUGGCUGGGCGGGCGGAGCGCUCGCAUGGCGGGGCCGCGCUGAGCCGGGCCAUGGACCACCACCUGCGCCGGCUGCGGCAGGAGCUGCAAACAGGAGCUGGAAGACAAACUAAAACAAAGGAAAAGGAGAGUCACUGGUGUACUGUACUCUGGGUGUGAUGGAUGAAAUGCAAACUGCAAACCAGGACACGUACAGUAUAAUCUGGAAGACCUUUAAAAUCUGAACAAUUUGGAAGGCAAGACAGGGUAUCAGAGUGCAGUCUCGGAGCUGUUGUGAGCACAGCCGUGCCAGGACAGCCCGCAGGGUGACAGCUGGAGAGACCCUCUGCCUUACAGCACGCCAGGAAACAAUUCCUUUCAUCAGCAACUUAAGCGAGCUGCAGAUCGCAUUUAGUGAAGACCAGCAAGCAGUGCGGACAGACAGCUGGGACCAUCUGCAUUGAAUGCUAUCCAUGAAGGAGGUCGGAGACGGGCUGCACGAGCAGAUGAACUGCAUGAUGGGUGCACUGCAGGAGCUGAAACUCCUCCAGGUCCAGACAGCUUUGGAGCAGUUGGACAUCUCAGGGAGCCGAAGCACCAUUUCUGGCACCGAGCAGCACCAGCGCUGCCGAAGCAGCAGAGAUGUGCCCGGGGCCCGGCAGGACGAGCGGCCACGGGGGGAGGCAUCGGUGGAGGAGCGCAGCCCCACGUCCUUCGCGUGUGCCGUGCCACGGCCGGUGGGUUUGUCCCGUCCCGCUGUGCUCCCGGAGGGUGGCCACCUUAGAGAGACCCCCUCCUCCUUCAGGAGCAUCGCUGGUGAGGAUGUUUAUCACCCAAAAGGACCUUCCUCAGCUUCCACCAGAGCGGAGCAGGUCCGCCCGAGGACAUUCAAGCCCAGUAGCCAGGGCACGACUGGGGGGUGGCCGGCAUGCCAGGAGUGCCCAGGAUGUGACGAUGGCCAUGACUGGACAUCCUCCCUAAUGUCCCAGAGCAGGAAUCGGCAGCCGCUGGUCUUGGGGGAUAACAUCUUUGCAGACUUGGUUGGGAACUGGUUGGAUCUGCCGGAGCUGGAUAAGAAGGGGGAGAAGAGCGAGGCAUCCCUGUCCAUGAGCAGAUCCCAGGAGCUCUGCAGGAAGUUCUCCCUCACAGCCAACAUCUUCAAGAAGUUCCUGAGGAGUGUUCGGCCAGACCGAGACAGGCUUCUCAAGGAGAAACCUUGCUGGCUUCCACCUGAAGACACACAGCCCGAAAUUUCUAAGAGACCCAAAAAGAUGAACAAACUCAAGGGGACAUUUUACUUCCCACUUCACGGGAACAUCCAGAGCCAUCACAGCAAAGCAGAGAGGUGCCCAAAGGCGGAAAGCAAUAGCAAGAAAACCAAAAUUGGCACCAAGCAAGUCCACAAGACCAUAGACUACACCCAGUCUGGGUUUGACAUCAAUACAGCUGUUUGGGUCUGAGUUUGUUGGCGUCCUCCGCUCUGCCAAGCAUUUGUUUCACACCGGCGAGGAGCUUGAGGCCGUACGUGUCUUUUCAGGAGACUCCUGAGCACUCAGCGGGGACUGAGGUGCACCAACAUGCUGUGGGCUUCGGUCACCUGCAGGCAGCAUUUUCCUGAGCGGUCCGAGGAGCAGCUGACAGCCCCACGUGGGGAGGCUUUUGGGGCCCGACGUUUGCAAAAAUAAUCAGAAUCUUUAGGGUGAGCGGUGCCACGGACACCCAGCUCCUGGAGCCUGGCUUACGAUAGCCAUGUCAGGUCCCUUCCGUCAUCUCUAGUUAAAACAGCUGCAGCACCAAAUUCACUGUGUGCAUGUGUGUGUAUGAGUGUGCAAAUAUAUAUAGUUUUUUUUAAAGGAAAAAAAAAUCUAUUCCUGCUUGUGUGCACUUAAAACUGGGUUAUAAACCAGGCAAUUCAAGUGCUGCACCCAAAGCACUUGUUAUUUAAAUUGAAAGAAAUAGGUUUGAUUUUGUAAGACUUGAACAAUUGCUAAGAGGGGGUGUUGAACCCCAGCUUUGCUGCAUUUCGGCUGUGGGGUUUUCCCCCAAACUGCACCUCUGCCGUGCUCCCAGCAUCUCUCCUUCCCCUGCCAGUUAAACCAGUAAGCCACAAUGCUCCUUUCAUGGAAGUUUGUGACCCUCGGGGGGUUUUGCUUCUGUCCUCGUGCCCUUGGCCCCACAGGUCACACCAGAUGCAACCUUGCAAAAGUUUAUUGUUGAGGUUGCACCGAGAUACCAAGUUGCAACAGAUGGUUGUUGUUGUUGUUGUUGUUUCCUUUGCUGUUGUGUACAAACUUCGUCUUGGAAGAACCAAGUUCUUCUUCAGUGUCUAGCUCUCCAAGAGUUACCAAUAAAGUGGCAUCAGUCUCCA